UCAUAAUAAUAAAAUCACUUUACACAUAAAAUACACACAACAUAAAACAAUUCCUUUAUAAUACGGACAUGGAUGGAAAAUAUUGUGCUUCUCAGAAUUCACGCUGUAUUUUAAUGUCAGUUGACUUCCUCUCUCUGUAUUUGUUUUUUUUUUUUUUUACAUUGUGUCAUCAUUCAUGGAGGUUGAAAAUAAGUGAUAAUGAAAGACAUUACAGAUGUCUUCUUUAAUGGAUGGGUUAGAAUUAAAAAGGUUUUAGUUGGUGUCUCUAUUCAGUUGUUAGCCAAUAUUCAAUUAAUUUUCCUUUCAUCAAAAUUUAAGGACACAAAAAAAUGUAAGCUUUGAGGUCAAUAAAGAUUCCUUCUAAUAAUCAUGAUCCCCCUCCCCCCCCCCCACAAUCAUCCAGCCCUAUUCUCCAUAUCACCCUUUUGGGGGUUUCCUAUAUUGUAAGUGAAAAGGCUCAUGCAAAGUUGUCAGUUUUUUUCUCUUUCUCUCUCAUUACCAUACAGACAGCCUGACAAACAAUAGAGGAUUUGGAAUUAUACGGCACCCAGUCGCACCCGUCACACAUGCCCGCGCCUAAAGGCAAGGUCAACUUCAUGAUGAGCACUGUAUUUUUGGGACUACAAAUCACUCCAGUCGAAAAAUGCAUCUUGAAGAAGAAAACAUAAGUCGUACUGGACUCUAAAUCACAUUUUUGAGGGAAAUUUAUUUCCCAAAAACAAGAGACGAAGAACAGUGGAGCUUGGACUGAGACCCAAAAUCAAUUAAUUCAAUGAUUUUGGGGGGGCAGUGGGGUGAGGAUUCAAAGGAAAUUUUGAUCGCAUUUUUUAAUAGACAGUUCUUAUCAUAAUUCGAGUCAACCACCGAUCUGUGCGCAGCCAAAAUUAAAAUAUAUAAUUUCACAUGCUCAUAAAUGUUAACUACAAGAAUCUCCUACUCCUGUACCACUGAAAGUUAAUUUACAGUAAAGAUUGCCGGAAAGACAACGGAGAAAGAUUGAACACAAAUGGGGGCCCAAAGACAAUCAUAUCCUGCAGAAUUCAAGCUGCAAGUUGUGAAAUACGCAGCCAAAAACGGUAAUCGAGCAACAGGAAGAAAGUUUGGAGUGAGUGAGACUAGUGUGAGGUCAUGGCGAAAAGCGAAGGUUACUCUUCUUGCAAUGAAGAAAACGCAGAAAGCUAACCGCGGGCAAAAAGCAAGAUGGCCACAGCUGGAGGAACGAGUGCAUAGAUGGGCGCUUGAACUACGUGCUGCCGGGAAACGCUUGUCAACCACUAAGUUACGUCUCCAAGCCCUGGUAGUUGCCAAGGAGAUGAAUUUUAGUGACUUUGCGGGAGGACCUUCUUGGUGUUUCCGCUUCAUGCAACGCAAACGCCUCUUUAUCAGAGAACAGAAACCGGUGGGCCAAAACCAGCCAACAGACCUCCAAGGCAAGGCCGACAGUUCCCGUGAGAUCGGCACAACCAUGAAGAACAAGAUGAGAAAGCAAGUGAUCGUGAGCCCAGACUCGAUCCCAGAUGAGGCGGAUGGGUUAAAUUCGCUGAUGUGGCUCAAUACUCUUCUGAAGACCAAAUUCCAGGAGAUGCAGCACAUUUCUUCAGGCGCUUGUCACUGCCAGAUCAUGGAUUGCGUCAUCCCAGGUUCCAUAGACAUGAGCAAGGUGAAGUUUGAUGCACAGGCUGAGUAUGACUGCAAGCACAACUUCAGUCUCCUUCAAGAAGCCUUCACCAAGAACCACAUCACAAGGAGCAUUCCAUCCGAUGAACUCAUAAGAGGGGAUAUUAAAAUCAACUUAGAGUUCCUGUUAUGGUUUAAAGCCUUCUACACAGCCAACGUGACGGAUGAAGAAUACGAUGCCGUCAACGCUCGGAACAACCGUGACAUCAGCCUGUAUAUGCCAUCCAAGCACCGUACAAAAAACAGCACAAGACUGGACUCUGCUGAUCUGGACUGUGAACUCAAGAAAGCCGAGCCACUCGACAACAUAAAGGUUGAGACCCCGGGAAUUGCAGAUGACGAAUCUCUGUUUGACAGUGAAUGCUCAAUAGAGAGCAACGGUGAACGCAUGUCAGACAGUCCCGAUAAGCAAAAAAUCCCACAAGGUAACACAGUCACUGAACAAAAUGAGGUCUAUAUGAGAUAUUUAAAGCCAUGUCACGUCGCCCUUACAAAGUUAAAAGACCUGAACAUACAUGACAGCCCUCUUGGAGAGAACGGCGAUUCUGGCAAAAGGGCGGAAAAGACGUCACCCAGGCAUAAAGCGCACAAAGGGCGACGGAAAGCCAAUUACCAGGAUGGGAAAGGUUUUUUGAUUGGCGAGCUCGUAUGGGGGAAAGUGGAGGGCUUCGCUUGGUGGCCCGGCUUGGUGAUUCCUUGGAAAACCAAAUUUUCACCACAAGGUUUGCGGCGGGUCGAAUGGUUUGGAGAUGGAACCUUCUCCAAGAUCCACACGGAAGCUUUGAUGCCUUUUCGGGAUUUCACCGAAUGUUUCUGCAAAAAUUCAUUUGCCAGCGUGGCCACCUACAAGGUCGCCAUCUUCCAGGUCAUCGAGCUGGCAAGUGAACGUUGUGAAAAGUCCUUUGAAGAGGCAAAAGACGAUAAAGAAAAAGAACUUAAUCUGAUGGUGGACUGGGCAAUGAAAGGAUUUCUGCCAUCAGGACCGCAGGGAUUCGCACCGUCUGUUGAUCAAGAUGCUGUCCAAAUGUCCAAUUCAGACUCUGCUCAUUCUGACUACCAGCCGCCUGUGAAAAGGAAACAUGCUUUUAAGAGUCGAGCAAGCACCUCCAACUACAUUUUCACAAGAGACACUUUAAUUGAGAGGCUGAAGGACAAAGGCACAAAAAUCAAAGAUUGUUGUUUGGCUUGCGGGUCGGCUGACAUCGUCGUGCAGCACCCAUUGUUUGAAGGCGGUCUUUGUUUCAAAUGCAAGGAGAACUUCAUCGAAACACUGUAUCGCUACGAUGAAGACGGCUACCAAUCGUACUGCACCGUGUGCUGCGGGGGGACGGAGGUCAUUCUUUGUGGCAACGCCAGCUGCUGCAGAUGUUUCUGUAAGGACUGUGUGGAGAUCCUGGUGGGACGGGGAACCUUUCGCGUGCUGAAAGAUGUCGACCCCUGGAGCUGCUACAUUUGCCAGCCGGCCCAGUGUGAGGGAAACCUCAAACUAAGGCCCGACUGGAGCGUGAGGGUCCAAGACCUCUUUGCCAACAACAGUGCCAUGGAGUUUGAGCCUCACAGAGUUUACCCGGCCAUCUCCGCAGACAGACGCAAGCCUCUGAAGGUUCUGUCGCUCUUUGACGGCAUUGCCACAGGAUAUUUGGUGCUCAAAGACCUCGGCUUGAAGGUGGAACGAUACAUCGCCUCAGAGAUUUGUGAGGAUUCCAUCGCUGUCGGGAUGAUCAAGCACGCGGGCAAGAUCGAAUAUGUCAAGGAUGUCCGCACCAUCACGAGGAAACAUCUGGCUGAAUGGGGCCCAUUUGACCUGCUGAUUGGAGGAAGUCCGUGCAACGACCUCUCUAUGGUCAAUCCCCUGCGAAAAGGAUUGUUUGAGGGCACCGGAAGGCUGUUCUUUGAAUUCUACCGCAUUUUGACGCUGCUGAAGCCAAAGGAGGGUGACGACCGUCCGUUCUUCUGGCUCUUUGAGAACGUGGUGUUCAUGUCCACCAGAGACAAGACGGACAUCUGUCGUUUCCUGGAGUGCAAUCCAAUCAUCAUUGAUGCUGUGACUGUUAGCCCUGCACAUCGAGCUCGCUACUUCUGGGGAAACCUGCCAGGCAUGAACAGGCCGCUGACGGCCUCUCUGGAUCAAAAAUUGAAUCUUCAGGAUUGUUUGGAAGUCGGCCGUGUGGCAAAGCUGGACAAGGUGCGAACCAUCACAACAAAAUCCAAUUCCAUGAUUCAGGGGAAGUUGGGACUUCCUGUCAUCAUGAACGGCAAAGAAGACUACCUGUGGUGUACCGAAAUGGAACAGAUUUUUGGUUUUCCCAAACACUACACGGACGUGAACAACAUGGGCCGCAUGCAGCGCCAGAGAGUCCUGGGGCGCUCCUGGAGCGUCGCCGUCAUCCGCCACCUGAUGGCGCCGCUCAAGGAUUAUUUUGAAUGUGAAUCGCACCAGUCAGGUCUGUAGGGCUGCCCGCACAUGCAGAAAUCCACGCACUGGCGCCAGGCCUCUUCCUGAAACACCAAAUGGUUGCCGCUGCAGGUUGUAUCCUCCCAUAUUGCAAAAACAUGCGUGUAAACGGGCCUUGUGUGAGAAUGUGAAUGUGAAUGAGUUUUUAGAAAUGUGUCUUGCGAUUGGCUGGCCACCAGUCCAGGGCGUACCCUGCCUCUCGCAACUGAGGAAAGAAAAUAAAUUCACGGGCUGAUUUUUUUAAACCUUGUUUUUAAUGUCAUGAUUUUUUAAAACAUAUAAAUGUUUCGUUGAUUAAAGGGAAGUAUGUGUAUUUUAAAAAAAGAACACACACACAAAAAAUCAUUUUUGUCAUAUUUGUGAAAACUACCAUUUUAGCCUGCCUGUGGUACAUGCUAAAAAUGAUCUCUGUGCUUGCGUGUGUGGUGAUUGUAGAUGGGGAUUAUAAAAAAAUAAGAAUAAUCUGCCAUCUCUGGCUCAAAUUUGUGCCUAUAAUUUGAUUGGCAAAAAAAACACCACUUCAGAGGAAAACAACCAAUCAGAAACAGAAUGUGUGGCUGAUGACCUGUGACUCAUUUUCAGGUGUGUGCCUGUGAUGAGUGCGCACAACUGGAGAUUGACACCUCAUAAGUCACGCCUUUUGUUUCACGCUGGCUGUUUCCUUCCUCAGACGCAGUGUUUUGUUUUGUUUUGUUUUUGUUCAGUUGUGCCUUGACACAUGAGUGCCUUGACUUUCAAUUUUUUCAAGAUACGAGCGUUCCAUUGACUGAUUUUUAUUUUUUUUCUUGAGAGCAAAAUUCACACUUUCCCCCGGGUUGCUAAACUGGGAUUUUGAUGUGGUGGACUACAACAGUACCACUGAAAAUCAUUUUUGUAGUGACUAGGGAAUUACGACAAUUGUGCUAAUAUCUCAAGACCAAAAGUAACACAGUCCCUGUGUUCACACUCAGUCACUCAUUCCCAAUUCACAAAUCAGGACUAAAGGAUUUUCAGUGGCGCUAUCGAGGUUCACUGUAUAAAAAGCCUUGUGGAGUGAUUUGGGAAAGAUCAGAAUUUUGCUCACAUCUUAGGACCAAAAAAAUGGGCAAAUGUGGGGGGAAAAUUAAGUCAAGCUGCUUGUAUCUGGAAAAACCACAGUGUCGUGAUUUGGAAAUGAGUGAAUGAUUCCCAACACAGUUACUGAAGUACACUACUGUUAAGUGGAUUUUUUUAUUGGGUUUUAUUUUGGAGGUGGGGGGGGGGGGGUUGAAUGAGUAAACACAUUAAACUUUUUUUUUUUCCGGGAAGGGCUUGAAUGGGUUGAUUGUAAGUAUUUCCAUUCUUUUCAAUGGGGAAAGAUGAUCUGAGAUACAAGCAUGACCAUGGAUCAAAUUUAACACAAAAUGAGUUUUCCACUUCAUGCAGAAAUGUUAAAUCAUUAUCGUUAACAAAUAUGAAAAAGUGAUUUUUUUUGUGGUUGUUCAAUUUCAAAUUCCCAUUUAUAUGGUGCUACAAUCUACUGUAUUAUGUCAGCAACAGCACAGCUGGCCUGCAUCCUCAUCAGCAAGUAUUUUUAGGCUGCCUCAAAAGGGGAUUUCUGAGAAAAUAUACUGUAUCUUUAUUUGUCAUAUUAAGGUAUCGUGUUGAACGUCCCUUUUUUGUCUCAACAAAACAGGACUUGCUUCCUGACACAGGCCACUGUUCUCUACCUCAGUUCUUCCAUUACUCUUAUUUUUACAGUUUUUAUGAAUGUCAUAAAUAGAAGAAAUGUCGCUUUGUUUUUUUUUUUUUUUCCAGACAAACUGCCGUUAGCCAACAUGGAUGUUGUAUUAGUCAUUGUGAGCGUGAUGAUGAUAAUGAUGAUGAUGAAAAUGCAAUAUACUGGUGCUAGAUUUUUUUGAGUGCAAAUCCACUUAUUAAGUUUCUUUUAAUCUUGAUGUUUGUGAUGUAUGUGUUGAUUUGACAUAUUUUUCAAUGUAUGAAUUAUCCCACUGUCAGAAAGUCCGUCUAGUGUGCCUCCACGUUACUGGAUUGAUCGUUGCUUUAUUUGAAGCAUUCCACUGUGACUGGAAGUUUACAAAAUGUUGCUGCCUUCAUAAAGAAGAACUUACUGUGA